CUUGACCAAUCUAGGCAUGCAGUAAAUCGAUAAUAUAUGUACUAUGGACAUCAGUACUUACUAUCACGAGUCAGACCUAUGGGUGAUCCUGCUUGCAGUUGCCGAGCACCAUGGCUUCUAUUACCAGGUAGUUAUUAUUAGUCUUGCUAUCACUCGGUCUUACCCUAGGAUAUUUUUGGAACAAGCAUCUCCCGAGAUAUCCUGGAGGUCAUGUUUGACCCGAACAUUUCAUGUGCUCAUGUUUUGGAUCCUCGUGGCUUGGUGCUUAUUACUUUCCCCUUUACAUGUUUUCAUAUCAGUGCCUUCUUUACUAGCCGGCUUCUCUAGAACCUUUGAUUAUGCACCGCAUCGGGGGUCCGAUGUGGUCUACGACCCUGGAAAUACCACGAUUGUGGAGUGAGCCUUAGCUUCUGUUAUCCUGUAUAGGAGCCAACCUGACAACCGAAAUUUGUAGUGUGUAUGCUAUCCACGGCCUCGGCUCGGAUCCAGCGU